UGGAUCAUCAUCCAGCAGAGAAUGGAUACUUCAGUUUCUUUCAACAAAAACUUCCCCACGUACGAGGCUGGUUUUGGGGACCAGGUCAACUUCUGGAUCGGACUGACAACCAUUUACGAAAUUACAAAAAAUCAAAAUUACAAGAUAAGAUUCGAAAUGCAAAAUUCAAUUAACAAUUGGUACUCGGCAGAAUAUUCAUUCUUCUACCUGGACCCACCAUCUUCACAGUACAUUUUGCGGCUUGGGUCAUAUGUAGGAGACGCAGGUGAUGCAAUAAAU